AUGACAUAUAUUCCAACAGUCACUAAGGAUGAUACUCAAGCUGUUUUGCCUAAAUCUCGAUCUCGUGUUGUUGCUGUUCGUUUACCUUCUAUAACUCCUGCCAAACGCCCGAGUUCUGAUGACAUUGUUUCACCUCCUUCUAAACAUCUUUGUGAAAAUUCUUUGAAACAAUCUCCAGUGUCUGCAACACCUGCAAAACGUCCAGCUGAAGAAGAAUGUAUUUCUUAUCGUCGUCUCAAAUCUCUCCGCUUUGAGUAUGAUGAUGUGGCUUUACUUGUUUUUACAGAUCCUAGUAGUUUUGAAGAAGCUAUGUCUAGUGAAGAAGCUGAGUUUUGGCUUGAAGCCUGUGUUAUUGAAAUGUCGUCUCUUAAACGCAAUGGUACUUGGGAAUUGGUUGAUCUCCCACCUGGUCGCAAGGCUAUCAAUAGCAAAUGGGUAUUUAAAGUUAAGCGCAAAGCUGACGGUUCAAUUGAACGUUACAAAGCUCGUCUCUUUGGGUUCCAGGUUCAUCAUAUGGAUGUCGAGACUGCAUUUCUUAAUGGUGAUCUCAAAGAAGAUAUUUUUAUGGAAAAACCUAAAGGCUUUGUUGUCAAAGGUCAGGAAUCUAAAGUGUGUCAUUUGAAGAAGUCUUUAUAUGGUUUAAAGCAAGCUCCUUUGUGUUGGAAUGAGAAGAUUCAUGGUGCUCUUGUCAAACUUGGGUUUAUUCGUAAUGAAAGUGACUACGGCGUGUAUACCAAAGGAUCUGGGUCUACCAUGGUCAUUAUUGCACUGUAUGUUGAUGAUUUACUUAUUUCUGGCAAUUCUUCUGAAGUCAUUGCCAAAACCAAGUCUUCUUUGUCAUCUAUGUUUAAGAUGAAAGACUUGGGCCCAGUCGAAACAGUUCCUUGGCAUGAGAGUUAA